UCUUUUUGUAGUAUUUUAAGGGAUUUUGUCCCUCGUGGGCAGCAGGCUUUUUAAAAGAUUAACCAGCAUGAGUCUGUGCGCAUGUACACGUGUGUCUGCAGGUGCAUGUGCAGAGGCCGGAAGGCACCGGGUGUUCUCUGUUACUCUUUACCUGUUCUUUUGAGGGGUGGCCUUUCUCCAAACCUAGGGAUGCUGUAGAGUAGUUUCUUCCAGAUUGAAGCGUUCCCUCUGUGAGGGAGAGGGAGGUUCAGUAAAUAAAGUGUCAUAGGGCUGAUAAAGCUCGUGAGAGCCCGGCAUGAGUGGAAGCACACGCCACCUGUUGCAGAGUGGACUCCUAGAGGCAUGCUGCAGAGGAGAGCCUUUGGGCCUGUCCAGCUGCCUGCCAGCUGUGUAGAGAGUUCCUGGGAUGCAGCUGUUUCUAUCAGUAACCCCUCACCCAUGCUCCUUUUAGUAACCCCAGAACAAACUUCCCACUUCAGCAAGGCCGUUGUUGGUACAUUUGUUAUUUUGGUAUGCACGGGUUCCCUUUCUGGCAUGAAUAGACAUGUAUAUGUUUCAUCUCCCCAGGAAAAGUCUGUCAAAGGCUAACAUUUCCCCAGAUAGGCUGGAAGCCAGUAAGUCUAGUGACUCUCUGCCCCUCUCAGCUGGGGUUACAGAACUUUGUUCUCCCCCAAGAGAUGAUCAUCGAGGUCAAGGGAGAAGAUGCUGGGUCACUGGACAUCGUGCCCCAGGAAAGCACAGACUUUAAGAUUGUGACCGUGGACCUCACUGAGGAGGAACAGAGCACCUGGCCCAAUGCCCAGAGAACCCCAGAGAGAAGUGUGAUCCUGGAGGGCCACGGGGACCUGUGGGCCUUGCCAGCUGUGCAUGGAGUAGAAGAAACCACCCCAAAGCAGACUGUCUCUGAUGAAGAAACAUCCCAUGGAGUGAAGAUGGGGGGCUUGGCAAGAGAGGAUCCUUGGCUUUCUUCUUGUGAAGAAGUUCCUGCUCCUAAGGAACAGUUGAAGAGACAACAGGAAAAGCAAGAGGAAGAGGCCUUUACCCAGGGGAGAGCUGACACUCCUGGCAUGGUCUACAGGCCUGACGAACUUGACAGGAGUUGCCUGAGUUCUAGCCGGCUUUCGUCCCCCGUGAUACCUCACAGAAACCAUUUUCAUAAACAGGCAUCACAUGUUAAAAAGUUACAUGGCGAUGCUGUUGCAAGCAAUCAUCAGAAGAUGAGUGAUACUAUAGAUCUCUCCAAAGAUGACAAAUGCAGAAAUUUCCCUCAGAGCAUUCAUCUCACUCAGUUUACAAGGACCCCAAAAGGAGAUAAAUCCUAUGAAUUGAAUGGCCGUGUUCAAUCUUUUGGCCGUGGUACACCCCUCAAUGUACAUGAUAAAGUUCGUAUAGAAGGUAAAACCUUUGGCUUUAAAGGGCACGGGCAAGUUUUGAACCAUAACAUAUCCCUAAGUGAACAACCGAGGAUUCUUGUUAAAGAGGGCCAGUAUAAAUGUAGUAAAACUGCCCCAGGUCCAUCUCUUCCUCAGAACAUGAGAAACUAUUCUGAAGAGAAACGUUUUGAAUGUAAGUAUUGUGGCAAGUCCUUCAGUUGGAGUUCACAUCUCAUUGCACACCAAAGAACUCAUACAGGGGAGAAGCCUUACAAAUGCAACCUGUGUGGAAAGUUCUUUACCCGGAGUUCACAUGUCGUUUCUCAUCAGAGAAUUCAUACCGGAGAGAAACCAUACAGAUGCAAUCUGUGUGGGAAAUCCUUUACCCAGAGGUAUGUUCUUGUGGUGCAUCAAAGAACUCAUACCGGCGAGCGGCCUUAUGAAUGCAACCAGUGUGGGAAGUCAUUCAGGCAAAGCUACAAACUUAUUGCACAUCAAAGGACUCAUACCGGAGAGAAGCCAUACGAAUGCACUCAGUGUGGGAAGUCAUUCAUCCAGAGUUAUAAACUUAUCGCACAUCAGAAAAUUCAUUCUGGAGAGAAACCGUAUGAAUGCAGUCACUGUGGGAAGUCCUUUAGUCAGAGCUAUAAGCUUGUUGCACAUCAGCGGACUCACACAGGAGAGAAACCUUUUGAGUGUAAUUACUGUGGGAAGUCCUUCAGUUGGAGCUCUCAGCUGGUGUCCCAUCAGAGGACACACACCGGAGAGAAACCGUACGAGUGCGGCGAGUGUGGGAAGUCGUUCAAUCGCAGUUCCCAUCUUGUCAUGCAUCAAAGAACGCACACCGGAGAGAAGCCGUAUCAGUGCAAGCAGUGUGGGAAGUCCUUCAGUCAGAGCUACGUUCUGGUUGUCCAUCAGAGGACACACACUGGAGAGAAGCCCUAUGAGUGCAGCCAGUGUGGGAAGACCUUCAGGCAGAGCUCCUGCUUCACGCAGCAUCAGAGAACUCACACUGGAGAGAAGCCCUAUGAGUGCAACCAGUGUGGGAAGACGUUCAGCCUCAGUGCCCGUCUCAUCGUCCACCAGCGAACUCAUACUGGGGAGAAACCUUACAAAUGCAGCCAGUGUGGGAAAGCGUUUAUUAGCAGUUCUAAGCGCAGUAGGCACCAGGCUACUCACAGUGAGGAGUCCUGUAAGUCCUGACAGCUCACUCCUGUCAGUCCAGCCUCUGUUAUACCGGGGGGAAGAAUGCACACAGACCCUUUCAGUACCCCUGUGCUGCUGGCAGAGAGGAGGAAGGCUUUUAGUUUGAGAGGUGAGGAUACGUGGCCCCUGGAGAAGAAAAGCCGUGAGGCGCCCACGGAGGAGCUCUCUUGCGUGGCUCUGUGCAGGCGUCAUCCGUCAACUGGUCUCAGAAGCCUGCCUGCUGACUGGCAGAAGCGGCUUCCCAAAGCACUUGAGAAGGCAGAAGCUAGCCCCAGAAAAGUUGAAAUUAGAGUAAAUGAGCUUAGUUCAGAUGCCCUCUUGUUUGAGAGUUCUGGGUUGGGCCUCGAGACGUGGCUUCUCUGUUGUAAAGCUGGCACUCUGUGAGUGUAGCUCAGAAGGUGUGCGCCACAGGCCAUCAGGAAGCCCUCCCAGCUUCCUGUGUCUUCCCCUUCGUGCUGCUGGCUCACUGAGCCAUGUUCUCACACCUCAUCUCCCCACCCAGAAUCCCCAUGCUUGUUCACUGCAGGCAGACGAGCUUUUCAAUCUGUCACUCAUACAGGCUUGAGCAGUCAGGCUCCAGUCAUAGCCCAAGGGUAAACUCACUCUGGCAUACCCUCCCGUCAUGUUUCAGGAGCUGCUUUUCCAUCUCAGUGAAGCUUUCUUUGCUCUUCUGCAAACCUCACUAGUUACUCCUUUCAAUUCAGAGAUAACAGGAGCCACUGCCUCAGAGUUACAGGUGGCCAUUGAGUUUCCAGGGCCCUAGUCCUCUGAGCUAAGCUCAUCUAAGCCAAGAAAUAGGCUCCGUCGCGCUCAAAGCCCCCACACCAUUGCCAUGUAUGCUGGCCUCGAGCUGCAGAUUUUUGGAAAUUCACACCCAAAACCCAUCACUAGUGAGGCUGAAUCAAGAUGAUUGUAAGUUCAAUGUAGCCUGCGUUAUAUAGCAAGACUCUCUCAAAGAAAAAGAAAAAACAAACGACCUGUGUGUGUGUGCUCCUGCAAACAAUAAAUGCUGCUUUUCCAUGAAGAAAGCACUCAGAUCUGAAUUUCAGAUAAACUAAAUCUAAAACCAAAGGCCUUUCCCAAAAAGUCUAAGUGAAAUGCUGACUGUAGUGAAUGUGUGGUGGUGACUCAUAGGGUUAUUGUUUUCAUAAUGUAAUAUUGGGAAACAAUAUUAGACCAUGUCAGUCUGCAUAAUUUCCCUGAUGGUUAUUUUGUAAUCUGAUUGUACACUUCUGUAACCAGUGAAGAUUUUCUACUGUGAAGGCAAAACCGAUAGGAAAUGAAAUACUUGCCAAGAGUAUAGAGAAUAUCUGGAAGAGCCUUGGUAAAUGUUUGUGUAGCUUGAAGUUGGAAAGGGAUCAUGGGUCUAUUUAUUUGAUACUGUUGUUCAUGUUGUCAUCUUUUGGAGAUGCAUGUUGUACUAUAACCAAUGGUACAGGAAUAAAAAUUGAUGAGAAACAACGAAGAAACAGA